CCGUUGGGUACGCACUGAGACGCUGGCGGAUGGAUGGACAGCAACCAUGGCAGCCCCUAGCAGGAAGCAGCUGUUUAGGUUUUUGAGCCAGUUAGGAGCAUUUAUUUUAACCCGGUUUGGGUUUUGGAACUGCUUCAGUAUGUUGAUGCUGUUUGCUGAACGAGCGGACUCAAAAAGGAAACCAGACAUCCAUGUGCCGUACCUUUAUGUGGACAUGGGGGCUGCAGUUCUGUGUGCCAGCUUCAUGUCAUUUGGGGUGAAGAGGAGGUGGUUUGCAAUGGCAGCUGCCAUACAACUAGCACUGAGUACAUAUGCAUCCUACAUUGGAGAACAGGUGUUUUACAGUGAGUGGCUAAAGGUACGGAUGUACUCCAGAGCACUCGCAAUUAUUGGAGGCUUUCUGGUUCUGGCCAGUGGAGCAGGAGAGGUUUACAGACAGAAACCUCGUACCAGAUCACUGCAGUCCACUGGACAAGUUUUCCUGGGCAUUUACCUGAUCUGCAUAGUGUACUCCCUGCAGCACAGCAAGGAGGACAGGCUGGCCUACCUGAACCACAUAGUUGGAGGAGAGAUCACUCUGAUGCUGCUCGAGGUGUUUUUUGGGGUGCUGGCUUUGGCCUUCCUCUCUGGCUGCUACAUUCGCCUGGCGGCCCAGAUCCUGGCCACCGUCCUGCCUCUGGUGGUCCUGCUUAUUGAUGGCAACCUGGGCUACUGGCACCACACGCGCAAGGUGGAGUUCUGGAACCAGAUGAAGCUAAUUGGACAUAAUGUGGGAAUCUUUGGCGCUGUGCUGAUCUUGGCCACCGAUGGCUGAACACUCAGACAGAUACUACAGACUGAGGUGUCUGCCCGCCAUGAGACUGUCGGCCUUAGUGGCUUUGCACUUGAGCGUCUGUUGCUCAGUGACCUCUCAGGAUUCAGACACUUAAGGCUGAGAAACAACUGGAUGCACACACAAUGCCUCCAAGUUUAGCUUUGUGGGGGGGAAAAAAAACACUCAAACACUUCCAUUUUGCAGUUAACAUAAUUUAUUCAUAUUCAUGUUUACAUUUUUGUCUAAGUUAUGCUCUGAUAUAUGACAUUGAUGUUAAAUGUCUACAGGGAAAAAUACCUUAUGUUCCAAAAGUCUUAAAUGGUUUUAUAAUAAGUGGUAAUAUAUGUUAAAGUAUUUUACGGCAUUUGAAAAAGGAAAUAAAGGAAAAAUUAAAACUUUUGAGGUAUUGCCUACACAAAGGGAGGACUAGAGUCCAUUUGGUAAUAAACACUAUGUCUCUUCCAUUGUAACUUGAAUGUAGGGUUUCAUUGAAUUUAAUUGGUACACUUUUUUUUAUCGUCUGUAUACAUAUUCACUUUUUAUGUAAAAUAACACCAUUUAGUUACAUGAAAAUGCACAAAAACAAAUUCAAGAAUACUUUUGUUUGCUCUGUGUAAUAGACUUUGCAGAUUGAGAGAUUUGUUUUUUAUAAUUAUACUUUCAUUGUCUUCUGAACACGUCGGCCUUCUAUAAAGUAAACAGUGUUGCAAAAAAUACUGAAUGUAACUAUCGCUGUAGUAGAGAUUAAGAAUAAGCAUGUUAAGUCAACUGAUUAAACAUGAAUACAAUUAAGUUACGGACCAUUUUCAGAUGUAAUGUUGUAUUUUUAUAGAAUUUUUCACUGUUGAACAUCACAGCUUCAAAAAUGGUCUUGCUGUUUAGAAUGAUUGACAUUUAAAUUUGAAACGUAUAACAUUUAUUAUUAAAGGAUACCUCUGACCCUUCA